AUUCUUGCAAUGCAUGAAUCUAUUACAUUAAAUCUAACUGGAAAUUCAACUGUAUUGUCGGUAAAUUAUUUUCCAUCUCUAAACGUUUACGAGGAUUCAGAAAUAGCUUUGUUAUCUUUGCAAACGUGCAAUUCAUUUCCAAAUAUUAUAAAUCCAACUAAUAACCGGCUGAGAAUAAAAUCAAUUCCUCCAGAUAGAAUAGCAAAAAUUCAAUUUUUUGUACCAGCCGAAUGCCGUGACAUAGAAGAUAUUAACAAAUAUAUGGUAGAAGAGUUAUCUCAAGUUAAUAAAGUCUACGGAACAAAGCUGACAUUCAGUGUACGUAUUGAUCCUGUCGAUUUUAGAACGUAUAUAAAAUGUAAUGGAAUACUAAACUUUGAGCAUCCGUAUAGUAUAGCAUCUGUUUUUGGGUAUAGAAAGAAAGUUUGUGGACCGUUUCAUGAAGAACAUCGAUCGGAUAAAGCUGCAAAUUUAAACACAAUUAAUUCUAUAAAAGUAAUGUGUAAUAUAGCACAUGGGUCAUUCAACAACCAACUUCAAAGCCAUUCGAUAUAUGAGUUUUUCCCAAGUGGGAGAAGAGGAACAAAGGUUGUUCAAUCUCCGGUAAACCUUAUAUAUUACAGAUUAAACAAAACAGAUAUUAAUUCAAUUACUGUUCAGUUAGUUGACCAAAACAAUAAUCCAAUUGACAAUUUUAACGAAACGUUAACAGUUGUUCUGCAUAUUAAACGUCACGGAUCUCAUCAUUAAAUUUAUAUCUUAGAUUUUGUAAUGUAUGAGUCAGUUACUUUAAGUUUAAC